AUGGGCCACGAAUUCUGCGGAAGGGUGUUUGAAAUUCCACCAGGCACGAAGACAGGCCUCAAGCUGGGGCAAUCCGUCAUGGUCGACCCUCGCAUCUGCUGUCGACAAUGUUCCAGGUGCACUUCUGAUGUCUCGAACAUGUGUACGAAGUGGGCAUUCCUGGGCUUAUUCGGUGGGGGAGGGGGAGGACUUUCUCAGUAUGUCGCUGUGGACGCCGACAUGUGUCAUCCCGUGCCAGAAUCCAUCCUCCCUUGGGCCGCACUCAUUGAACCACUGGUGGUGGCGAGGCAUGCGUUAAAGUUGCUCGACAGUGACCUUUUUAAGCCCUCAACCACCGCUUUAGUCAUCGGCGGCGGGCCGAUCGGGUUGGGCGUCAUUCACAACCUUCGUGUCAAGGGGAUGGUGACGAAGAUUAUCGUAUCUGAGCCAUCGCCAACCAGGAGAGCUCAAGUCGCCAGGUUCUGUCUCGAAGCAUUGGAUCCAACAGUCGUAGAUGUGGCUGAACGAUGCCUCGCUCACACUGGAGGAAUCGGUGUAGAUAUCCUUGUUGACUGUGCUGGCGUCGAAAAGGCCUUCAAAGAUGGAUUCAAAGCGCUGGGACCCAGGGGGGCUGCCGUUAUGGUGGCUGGUAUUACUCAGCCGGACCUGAAAGUCCCGAUAACCAUGCUGAUGGGAAAAGAGCUACGACUCCAUGGAUCAUUGGCUUAUGAUGAGAGUGACUUUCGAGAGGUUGUCGAGGAAUUUGUUACCGGCAAAUUUGACGAAGCCAAAAGCAUGAUUACCAGUAGAAUCAAGGUCGACGAUGUGGUGGAAAAGGGUUUCGAGGAGCUUCUCAGAAACAAAGACAACCAGAUCAAGAUCCUGGUCACACCAAAAGACUUGGACUUAACUAAGCCGAUAUCAUAG